UAUAUCGCUGAAAAUACGAAAAAGUUAGUAACUUUGUUCAAGAUAAAUUAACGAUAAAGUCCGUUUAAAGUAUUCAAACGAAAAUAUUAAAUGCACUAUAGUGUCUAGAUCGAUAACGCACGUUGUAAAUAUUCCACAUUUUAUGGUUUUUCCACGGUUCAUAAACAUAAAAUUUUUACGAUCCGACCCACACGUCAAGCGAGUAGCUUGACUUACCCGAUCGUUCGAAUUUAUUUUUUCUUUCUUUUUUUAAAUCCGAGAAUACUCGCAUAUAAAUUCAACCGUUCACAGAAUAACAAAGGAACCUACGGAUCUGAUCAGUAUGCAAUUCGCAAUGCAGUUGUUCGAGAGACUUAACGCCGAGAUUCCAAAGGAGGAGGCAGAAUUCCCUAAGAUCAUGGAGUUCUACGAAAUGUUGGAAAAAUACGAGGUAUCGACAACAUUUGAAUUUAAAAGAAAGGUAAAAGACAUCAACCAAUCGUGGUUUGCCUACUUGAAGCUACUUUUUUCUUACGAAGUUAUUUUAUCCGAAAAGAAGGAGGAAUUCAAAAACAAUUUGCUCGCCGAUUCGGCUAUGUUUUACAAAAAUAUACAAUCGUUGAUCCAUAAAUAUUAUGAUACUGGACCGUUUACGUCCGAAUGGCAAAUAGAUGAUGCGUUCGCAUGGAUAAAUGUCUUUCACAAAGAAAUACACUCGUUGAAGGAACGAGAAAAACUGCUCAAAGAACAUCUCGCGAUUUUUGGGUUGAGCCAACCCGAUUCUUUGGAAUUGGUAGAACUCGAGGAAAACAUAGCGAUCAUAGAGAUUGUCUGGAAACUGACCGCCGAAUGGGACAAAGCAUGGAAUCGUUACAAGAACGAGCAAUUUUGGAAGAUAGAAAUAGAAGAGAUGGACACAGUUGCGAACGCCCUAUUUCGAAAACUCACAAGACUCUGCAGAGAGCUUAAGGAGAGAAACUGGGAGAUCGUUGAGCACACGAGAGCAAGAGUCGAUAAAUUUCGCCGAACAUUGCCGCUGAUAACCGAUUUGAAAAAUCCUUCGAUGAGAUCUCGUCAUUGGAAGCAAGUUAAGGAUAUCUUGGAAAGAGACUUCGACGAGAUGUCCGAAGAUUUUACCCUCGACGCCAUCGCCGAUAUGCAGAUGCAAAAUUUCUCUGAACAGAUCGCCGAUAUCUCAAACGCUGCCACGAUGGAACUUGAAAUAGAACUGGGAUUGCAACGUAUCAGCGCUAUUUGGAAAGUAAUGAAAAUAGAAAUGACACCGUACAAGACCAAAGGUAUCUAUAAAUUGGAAAGUAUAGACGACAUAGUAGAAACACUGGAGGAUCAUCAAGUUCAUUUGUCUUCGAUGAAAUCGACAAGAUUUGUCGAGCCAUUCGCAGCGGAAGUCGACUAUUGGGAACGGACUCUUUCUACUGUGGGGGAGGUUCUCGAGAUGGUGCUCAGCGUUCAAAGAAGCUAUUUCUAUAUGGACAAUAUAUUCUCCAGCGAAGACAUUAGAAAACAACUUCCAAAAGAAACCAACGACUUCGACAAGUUGACACUAUCCUGGGUGCAAAUCACGUCCCGCAUGGCGGACCACAGAUUGGCUUUACCGGCCACUCACGUUCCGCCCGGCUUGCUCGAAGUUCUGAAUAAACUCAACGAGAACUUGGAGGCACUGCAACGUGCUCUAGAACAAUAUCUCGAGACUAAACGAUACGUAUUUCCAAGAUUCUACUUCAUUUCGAACGAUGAUUUACUUGAGAUACUCGCAAACUCAAGAAGACCGGAUCUCAUACAGCCUCAUAUCAAGAAGCUCUUCGAAAAUAUAAAAUUUCUAACACUGUUAAAGGUACAACACAAAUCAAGCAAACUAUUAGCCACUGGCAUGAAUUCCAACGACGGCGAAUUUGUUCAAUUCGUUCAUCCGGUUACCCUAGAAGGUCAUGUCGAAAACUGGCUAUGUAAUAUCGAAGAAGCGAUGAGAGAGAGUUUGCACGACUUGUUGAAGCGUUGCAGAGAGGCGCUGCGAAAAAUGCUCGCAAAACGCGACAGGUGGGUGAAAGAGUGGCCGAGCCAGCCAGGAAUUACGUCCACUCAAAUCCAGUGGACGAACGACUGCACCAGGACACUCAUGCACUGCAAAUUGGUGGACUCGAAGAAACCUUUGAGGCGAUCGAAAAAGAAACAGAAUCAGGCGUUGGCCAAAUAUUCGGAGGCAAUAAGAAGUGAUCUAAAUUAUUUAGAUCGACUUAAAUUCAAAGCUAUCGUUGUGAUCGAGAUCCAUGCCAGAGAUGUUAUCGAAAAAAUGUACAAGAACAAUUGCAAGGACGUCGCCGCCUUCGAGUGGUUAUCUCAACUAAGGUUCUACUGGGAAAAAGACAUCGACAAUUGCAUUGUACGCCAAACAAAUACUCAUUUCGUAUACGGAUACGAGUAUCUAGGAAAUUCGGGACGUCUCGUGAUAACCCCAUUAACUGAUCGAUGUUACAUUACUCUGACGACGGCGCUUCAUUUGUAUCGAGGGGGAAGCCCUAAGGGCCCAGCUGGAACAGGGAAAACCGAGACAGUUAAGGAUCUUGGAAAGGCAUUGGGAUUCAACGUGAUCGUGCAGAAUUGCUCGGAAGGGCUGGAUUACAUAAGUAUGGGAAGGAUGUUCUCGGGUUUAGCUCAGACAGGUGCUUGGGGUUGUUUCGAUGAAUUUAACAGAAUCAAUAUCGAAGUGUUGUCCGUUGUGGCGCAACAAAUAUUAUCGAUAUUAACCGCACUCUCUCAGAAACUCCGGAGAUUCGUUUUUGAGAGCAAAGAGAUAUCGUUGAUUAGUACCUGUGGCAUCUUCAUCACGAUGAAUCCCGGAUACGCGGGUCGUACGGAACUUCCGGAUAAUUUGAAAUCCAUGUUCAGACCGAUCUCGAUGAUGGUACCAGACAGCAGCAUGAUCGCCGAGAUCAAUUUAUUUGGAGAAGGAUUCCAGGAUACUCGUGUACUUGCUCGGAAGGUCUUCACCUUGUAUACCUUGGCACAGCAACAAUUGAGCAAACAGUAUCACUAUGAUUUUGGAUUAAGAGGUAUAGUGACUUUGACUCGAUACGCCGGCUGGAAGAAACGUCUUCAUCCGAAUUUAGCCGACGACGAGGUGAUCAUUCUUGCGAUGAAAGACAUGAACGUGGCGAAACUUACGUCCAACGAUCUACCUCUCUUCCUUGGAAUCACCACCGAUCUAUUUCCUACCGUCGACGUGCCAACCGUAGAUUACGAGGAAAUCAUCGAUUAUAUUACUAAAGAGGCUAUCAAGUUAAAGCUACAACCGAUUUCAUUGAUAAUCACAAAAGUAAUUGAACUUUACGAGACGAAAAAUUCAAGACAUUCGACGAUGAUUGUCGGCGAAUCGAACACUGCGAAGACGGUCACAUGGAAAAUAUUGCAAAAUACGAUGAGCUCAAUGAAGAACGAUGGAAAACCGGGUUACAACGCCGUUCAUGUCUAUCCAAUUAAUCCUAAAGCACUGAACCUCAGCGAGCUCUAUGGCGAAUACAAUCUCUCGACCGGAGAGUGGCUUGAUGGAGUAAUAUCGUCGAUCAUGCGGAAGACCUGCUCCAGCGAGUUGCCCGAUGAAAAGUGGAUUCUCUUUGACGGACCUGUCGAUGCCGUGUGGAUCGAGAAUAUGAACAGUGUUAUGGACGAUAACAAAAUCUUGACGCUGAUCAAUAACGAGCGGAUCACGAUGCCGAAACAAGUGUCCUUGUUGUUCGAGGUUCAGGAUCUCUGUGUUGCCUCUCCUGCCACCGUUUCUAGGGCAGGUAUGGUCUACAACGAUUAUAAGGAUCUUGGUUGGCGUCCUCUCGUUAAAUCUUGGUUACAGAGUCACGAGAAGGAAGCUGUCUUCGUUGAACACAUGAAAGAACUCUUCGAUCGUUUCGUCGACAUAACGUUGGAAUUUAAGCAUCAGAAGUGCAAGGAACUCGUGCCAGUUCCCGAAUUAAAUUCCAUUCAGUCCCUCUGUAAGCUUCUUGAUGUGCUCGCCAGACCCAAGACCAGCGCCGAAGUUGGCAACGACGAAGAGGCGUUCUCCACCAUUUGCAAGAUCUGGUUUCUUUUCUGCAUGAUAUGGUCACUAUGUGCCUCUGUUGAUGAAGAUGGCCGUCUAAAGAUAGACAAUUUCAUAAGAGAACUAGAAGGAUCGUUUCCCUUAAGAGAUACGGUCUACGAAUAUUACGUAGACGUGCGUCAGCGUAGUUUUGUCUCGUGGGAAGAAAAAUUAUCCCAAGCCUGGAGGUUUCAGCCAGGGACACCGUUUCAUAAUAUAAUCGUACCGACGGUGGACACUGUUCGCUACAAUUACAUCGUAAGCAAUCUGUUAUUCAACGGUUAUCCCGUCCUUCUGAUUGGUCCUGUAGGCACUGGAAAAAGCUCGAUUGCACGAUCGGCUUUAGAAUCUAUGGAUAUUGUCAAAUAUACAUUACUUAUUAUAAAUAUGUCCGCUCAAACAACAUCGAACAACGUUCAGGAUGCUAUUGAGAGCAGACUGGAGAAACGCACGAAAGCGGUUUACGUUCCCGUCGCCAAUAAAACGAUGAUAACUUUUAUGGACGACUUUAACAUGCCGAUGAAAGAGACGUACGGAUCACAGCCACCAUUGGAACUGAUCCGUCAGUGGAUCGACUAUGGAUUCUGGUACGAUCGACAAAAUCAACAGAAAAGAUAUAUACAAAAGAUACAAUUAAUGGCAGCUAUGGGUCCACCCGGUGGUGGUCGUAAUGUCAUCACGAAUCGACUACUUACGAAAUUUAACGUCAUUAAUAUGACGUUUCCCAGCGAGAAGCAAAUCAUUCGAAUAUAUGGGACGAUGCUUAAUCAACAAACCGCGGACUUUCAUACGGAAGUGAAAGGAAUUGCCGAUACAUUAACGAUUGCUACUAUAACUUUGUAUGAUCGCGUUGUCUUAAAAAUGUUACCAACACCUGCCAAGAUGCAUUAUAUCUUCAAUUUGCGUGACAUAUCGAAGAUAUUUCAAGGAUUGCUUCGAAGUCACAAGGAUCAUCAAUAUUCGGUUCACACAUUUCUGCGCUUAUGGUUGCACGAAACUUAUCGUGUUUUUUGCGAUCGUUUCAUCGACGAGAGAGACACAGAAUGGUUCCUUGGACAAAUAAGUGAGCUACUUGGUAAAUAUUUCGAGCUAACGAUAACAAGUAUAUGUCCGGAUAAAACGAUUCCUCUUUUCGGUAACUUUAUGAAUGCCUGGAACAUAUACGAGGAUCUCGUGGAUAUCGCCGCCGUGAGACGCCAUAUAGAGGAACAAAUGGACGAAUAUAACGCUUCUACUGGUGUAGUACGCCUCGAUCUCAUUCUUUUCCAUGACGCGGUCGAGCAUAUAUGCCGCAUUGUCCGUGUGAUAUCUCAGCCCCGAGGCAACAUGCUACUAGUUGGGAUAGGUGGUAGUGGCAGACAAUCAGUAUCCCGUAUCGCAGCUUACAUGUGCGAGUUGACCACCUUUCAAAUCGCCGUUACGAAGCAAUACAGAGUGAUGGAAUUCCGCGAGGACCUGAAGAAGCUUUACUCGAUGGCGGGAGUUGAGAAUAAGCCGACUAGUUUUCUCUUCAACGACACCCAAGUGGCGGAGGAACAGUUUCUGGAGAUAGUUAACAAUAUGCUGAGCACCGGUGAAGUGGCCAAUCUCUACAAAAGCGAUGAAAUGGAAGAGAUCAAAAAUCGUUUAAUGAAAGAAGCUACGAAGGUCGGAAUAAUACCGUCGACGGAAUCGAUCUAUUCCUUCAUGAUCGAAAGGGUUCGCGCCAAUGUGCACGUGAUAUUGUGCAUGAGUCCGAUCGGGGACGCCUUCAGGAACAGAUUACGGCAAUACCCAUCCCUGAUCAAUUGCACGACCAUCGAUUGGUUUCUGGAAUGGCCGAAGGAAGCUCUUCUCGAAGUUGGCAACAAGUUCCUCAUGAAUCUCAAUCUGACGCUCACUAUCACCGGCGAAAAUAAAGUGGAACCAAGACAAUCUGCCACAGCCAUUCCGAUCCUACCAUUACAAGAACGGAUGCGAGACGGAAUUGCGUCAACAUUUGCUUCGAUUCAUAGCAUGGUCUCGAAAUUCUCCAUUCGUAUGGCGAACGAAAUGAAACGAUAUAAUUAUGUCACGCCUACGAACUUUCUUGAACUAGUCUUUGGUUACAAAAAUAUGCUGCAUAAAAAGAGACAGGAUUUGGCCGAUCAGGCGAAUAAACUUCGCGGUGGCAUCUUCAAGAUCGACGAUACUCAGGCUAAGGUCAAUGAAAUGGCCGCUGAGUUGGAGAUAACGCAAGAACAGGUGCAGACAUCUACUAGAGAAUGCGAGGAAUUCUUGGUAACGAUUGUGAAUCAACGUCGUGACGCCGAUGAUGCUCAAAAAAUGGUCACCGCAAGAUCUCUUAGAAUCGCUGAAGAACAAAAAGAAUGCAAGAAGCUCGAAGAGAUAGCUCGUGCCGAUUUGGCCACUGUCGAGCCAGCUCUGAACGAAGCUAUAAAAGCGUUGGAAGCGUUGAACAAGAAGGAUCUGGCGGAAAUAAAGUCCUUCGCCCGACCACCGCCAAAGGUCGAGAUGGUAAUGGAGGCAGUUAUGAUUCUGAAGAACGCGGAACCAACCUGGGCGGAAUCCAAGCGUCAGCUGGGAGACGUGAACUUCAUUAACACCCUACGCGAUUUCGACAAGGAUCAUAUAUCGGAUAGAGUAUUGAGAGCUAUCGGAAAGUAUACGAGCAAUCCGGAAUUCGAUCCUGUGAAAGUAGGCGUUGUCUCGGUCGCCGCCAAGUCGCUCUGCAUGUGGGUCAUAGCCAUGGAAAAAUAUGGAAAGCUCUAUAGGAUCGUAGCACCGAAAAGAGAGAAACUCGAGGCCGCCUUGGAAUCUCUACGGCAAAAGGAAGCUGCUUUGACGGAGGCCACGAUGCAACUGCAAAAGAUACAGAAGGACCUCGAAACGUUGCAGAAAAUGUACGACGCGAAGAUGAAAGAAAAGGAGGAUUUAAUCAAAAUGGCAGAAUUGUUAAAGAUAAAAUUGGAUCGUGCGGCCAUGCUGGUCGAAGGUUUGUCAGGGGAAAGGAUUCGAUGGUUAGAAACGGUAGAAUCGUUGGGAGAAUUCUUCGACUGGUUACCCGGUGACUGUCUUAUAUCAACAGCCUUCGUAUCUUACUUGGGACCUUUCGUGUCGAAUUACAGAGAGGAACUAUUCGCGAUUUGGGUGAAAGAGGUAAACGAGAAGGAAAUCCCGAUGUCGCCUAGACUCGACGUGAAGGAAUUUCUAGCUGAUCCCACGACGAUCAGAGAAUGGAACAUUCAGGGAUUACCUUCGGAUGGGUUUAGUACCGAGAACGGCAUCAUCGUGACGAGAGGCACUAGAUGGCCACUCGUAAUCGAUCCGCAAUGUCAAGCGGUGAAGUGGAUCAAGAACAUGGAGGCAAAGAAUGCUCUGCGAGUAAUCGAUUUUGGCCAAGCGGACUUUAUGAGAGUUUUGGAACAAGGGCUGCAGUUUGGUUGGCCGAUUUUGCUCGAGAACGUUGGGGAAACUCUCGAUCCAGCCCUGAAUCCGAUUCUAGAAAGAGCUUUUAUCAAAUCAGGUGAUCAAGUGAUGAUCAAGUUUAACGAUAAGAUGAUCACUUUCAAUGCCAAAUUUCGACUGUUCAUCACAACGAAACUUUCGAACCCCCAUUACGCUCCGGAGAUAUCCACUAAAACGACGUUAUGCAACUUCGCCAUUAAGGAACAGGGAUUAGAGGCACAACUCUUGGGAAUCGUGGUCAGGAAAGAGAAGCCACAACUUGAAGAACAAAAGGACAGCCUCGUCCUCACGAUCGCAUCCGGCAAGCGGACGUUGAAGGAACUGGAGGAUAGAAUUCUCUAUCUGUUGAGCGAGGCUGGACCUAACCUUCUCGAUGACCUGGACCUUCUCAAUACUCUACAAACGUCUAAGGCUACAUCGAUAUCCAUCGCUGAAUCGUUAGUGACGUCAGAAGAAACCGAACGAGAGAUAGAUAUUGCAAGGGAAGAUUAUCGAUCUUGUUCCCGACGAGCUUCGAUUCUUUUCUUCGUUCUCACAGAUAUGAGUCUGAUCGAUCCGAUGUAUCAGUUUUCUCUUGAUUCAUACAUCGCCCUGUUCAUGUUGUCCAUUGACAAAAGUCCGAAGAGCAUGAAACUUGCCGAGAGAAUUGAGAAUCUUAAUGAUUAUCAUACUUACGCUCUAUACAAAAAUACCUGUCGCGGAUUGUUCGAACAACACAAACUACUAUUUUCCUUCAAUAUGUGCAUUAAGAUAUUAACCGCUGAAGGAAGGAUAAUCUCUUGGGAAUACGCAUUUCUUCUUAGAGGUGGGAUCGUUCUGGAUCGAGAGAAUCAACCGGACAAGCCUGUACCUUGGUUGCCUCCGGAAACUUGGGACAAUAUAACGGAACUCGACAAACUUCCAGGAUUUCACGGUUUGAUUUCGUCCUUCGAACAAUACCCGCGGGAUUGGCACAAUUGGUAUAUAAGUACGGAACCGGAAAAUAUUUCUCUCGUUGGCGAGUUGGAAGAGGGUUGUACAGCAUUUCAAAGGAUGAUGAUCAUACGUAGCUGUCGACCCGACAGAAUGUCUUCCGCAAUCGCAAACUUUAUUAUACGAAACGUGGAACAAAAAUUCGUCGAACCACCGGUACUCGACUUAAAAGCUGUUUUGGAAGAUUCCGUUGCACGCACACCCUUGAUUUUUGUCCUUUCACCCGGCGUCGAUCCCACGAGUAUAUUAAUGCAACUCGCGGAGAGCCAACAGAUGAUGGACAAAUUUAUGAGUCUAUCCUUGGGUCAAGGACAGGCACCUAUAGCAACAAAAAUGAUACAAAUGGGUGUAAAAAAAGGAUUAUGGAUUUUCCUAGCGAAUUGCCACUUAUCUCUCAGCUGGAUGCCAAAAUUGGACAAGAUCGUCGAGACCCUUAUCAAUAACAAAGCUUUGAAUCCGAACUUUAGAUUAUGGCUUAGCUCGAGUCCAACUCCUGAGUUUCCGAUAUCGAUCCUCCAAGCCGGGAUAAAAAUGACGACGGAACCACCUAAAGGAUUGAAAGCCAAUAUGAAGCGACUGUAUAGCCUCGUCACAGAGGCCCAAUUCGACGUGUGUCAAGCGAAAUCCAAGUAUAAGAAGCUCCUCUUCGUUCUUGUCUUCUUUCAUUCGGUUCUCCUUGAACGAAAGAAAUUCCAGCAACUCGGUUGGAACGUCAUUUACAGCUUCAACGAUUCCGACUUCGAGGUAUCGGAGAAUCUUCUUCAGGUAUAUUUGGACGAAUACCCAGAUACACCUUGGGAAUCCUUGAAAUAUCUUAUUGCGGGUAUUUGUUAUGGCGGUCAUGUGACCGACGACUGGGAUCGCCGGUUGUUGAUGACAUACGUCCAACAAUAUUUCACCGACGAAGUUCUGACCAUCCCUUAUUAUCGUUUGUCAUCACUACCGACAUAUUACGUACCACGAGACGGCUCCUUGGAAUUCUAUCGUGACAUUAUCAUGACAUUACCAGCCGUCGAUAGACCAGAAGCAUUUGGACAACAUCCUAACGCAGACAUAACCAGUCUUAUCAUGGAAACAAGAAAUAUAUGCAAAACCUUAAUGAGUCUUCAAGUUCAAGCGAUUAGCAGCGAGGAAGAAACGGACAAGGAAGAAAAGGUGAUACAAUUAACCAUAGACAUUGCCUCGAAAAUACCAAGGAACAUAGACUACGAAACAAUCGACAAAUUGAUAGGUCCAAUGAAAAAACCUCUCGACGUCGUACUUCUUCAAGAAAUUAGUCGCUAUAAUGUACUCUUAACGAAAACCCGAAACAGUUUGGAUGAACUACAACGUGGUAUACGCGGUUUGGUUUUGAUGUCGUCCGACUUGGAAGAGAUUUUUACGUGCAUAUACGAAGGCAGAGUUCCCUCCCUUUGGCUGACCGCUUAUCCAUCCUUGAAGCUUCUCGGAGCUUGGACCAGAGAUUUAAUCAGCCGCAUUGAGCAUUUCGCUACUUGGGCUGAGACCACACAUCCGCCUGUGCUCUUCUGGCUAGCCGCGUUUACGUUUCCAACAGGUUUCCUUACAGCCGUGCUCCAAACUUCAGCAAGAAUGUGGAAUAUAUCGAUUGAUUCAUUAAGCUGGGAAUUCGUAGUUCAGACGAUCGAUGAUUCUGCUAUCAUUGAAUCACCUACGGAUGGAGUGUACGUGCGAUCAAUGUUCUUGGAGGGAGCAGGAUGGGACAAGAAAAAUGCGAUACUCGUUGAACCAGCACCGAUGCAGCUUGUUUACGACAUGCCCGUGGUACACUUUAAACCUACCGAACGUCUCAGAAGAACUAAAGGACUAUACAUAUGUCCGACUUAUUACUACCCUCAAAGAUCCGGCGAUCAAAGCCGUCCCGCUUUUGUCGUGACAGUUGAUUUAAAAACUGGAUCGGAGGAACCAGAUUUAUGGACAACACGUGGUACCGCUCUUCUUCUCAGUCUGGCCGUUUAA